AUGUCGCUUGUUGCUGAUUAUGGGUCAGAUGCGUCCAGCAGUGAUGAAGAAACGAACGUUCAUAAUGUGACAGAAACUACGACAACCACCAAAAAACCUUUAUUAUCCUCAUUACUUCCACCACCAAAAAGCAAAAGGAAUGGACCUGUUAAAAUAAUGGUUGAUUUACCAAGUUUUGACAACGAUGAUGAAAAUGAUAGUGAUGAAAAGCAAAUAAAAUCGAAACCAAAUUCCUCUGGUGGUAGUGGAUUAUUUGCAAUAUUACCGGCACCAAAGAGAUCAGUUACUAGUAAACAAAAUACUUCAACAAGUAAUUCAGUUAGUUCCUCAACUAUUAAAUCGACGACAGUGUCUACAAGUUUUGUUCCUCAUACGCUUACCAAACGAAAGUCUGUGAUGGCAAAAAAAGCUUCUAAUUUUUCGGAAUCAUUCUUUCCUCUAGGGGCUGAGAUAACGAAUAUAAUACCAAAUGAAUCCUCUAAUACAGUUAAAUUAGAUAAAACAGAAUCACCUAAUAUUGAAUCAAGUGAAUCAAAUGAGACAGCAGAAAGUUUUGCGACAAAUGAUUAUUAUUAUAAUUAUCAAUGGGAUACUGGGACAAAUUCAUAUACGGAAAAUUAUUAUGAUGAGUCUCAACUACAAAUAAAUAGUGAACAAGCACAGCCUGAUUAUCAAAUAGAAGACGAAGCGAUUCAACAAUUAGGAGGUAGAAGAGGUAAAGAAGGACCGAUUAUAAUUAAAGAGAUAAGUGCAGCAGAUCAAAUGGCAGAUGCAUGGCAAGCUCAAAUGGGUGAAUUAACAAAACCUGGCAAAGUAGGAGGCGGUAUAGCAUUAAAACCCACAAAAGGACAAAAGAGAAAACAUAAUUUAAUGUAUUUGGCAUAUCAAGCAGCUGCCAUGGAGAAUGAUUUAAAGGAACAGUUUGCAGCAAAUAAGAAAACAAAAAGAGAGACCCAAGCAAAAUAUGGUAUACUAAAUAGUUUAUUCAAGUCAUCUGGUAGCUAG